AUGACUCGAAGCAUUUGGCAGGGGUUAUCUAGAUACCUCGCAGCUCUCGCACUGAUUGGCCUUUGCUGGGCGAUCAGCAUCCACGCUGACGAUGGACUGUCCGCACUUCUUGAAUCGCACUACCAGCACAGCGGUGGUGCAGCCUCUCACCGAAAUGUGGACUUUGCGUCCCAACUUAAUCUGGAUAGGGACCCUGCUGAGAUCCUAGCAGAAGCAGAUCUGAGCUUUAAGGCUCCCAGCACCUAUGAGAUAACUGAGCAGCGCCCAAAAUACAGUGGGGCCGUGACAAGCGCCUACAAUCGGGUGCACUCAGUGAGCACAGCGCAGAAGUGCUCUCUGGAGGAGAUCAGGCUACUUGCGCGAGCAGCAGAGGGGGAGGCGGUGAAUCUCACUGAGAUGGGAACGCCUGAGGAUGUGGGCGGAGGGCAGAAGGAGGGAGCGCCGCGUCAGACACGGCCGCUGACAGUCGCUGACCUGGCGGCGGCUGUCCCUUCGAACCGCGCGCAUUUACCCCUGGUCAUUGCUGGCCGAGAGUGGCGCCAGGGUAUGCGGGCGGUAAUUGCACUAGCCAAGGAGCCGAGCACGGAAGAUCAGUUAGAGGCGGCGGCGGCAAAUGAGACGUGGGUGGCUUAUCCAGACGACAGCCCCCGCCGCAGCCCCUUCUUUGCCGGGGACUCUCGCGCUGCCAUGGCGCUUGGAGAUACCUACAAGUGGCUGCUCUACGGCGACGAUGACACUGUCUUCUUCCCGGAAGCUGCCAUGCAGCUGCUGGCCAGCUUCGACCCGGAGCUUCCCUACGCCAUCACUGACAACAUAUUGUUUGCGCAUAUGACAGGCUUCCACCCGCCUGGCUCCCCCUUCAAGCCGGCGGCGUGGAACUUUGCAUCGCCGCGCGGCUGCCCUUGCACGCCCACGCUGCUCUGCGCUGCCGAGUCGGAGCGGCCCCUCUACGGCGUGGCCGCUCGCGGCUGCACCGACCCACCUCCGCCCAAAGCCGCCACCUACGCAAUCCACGGUGGUGCAGGCGCCAUACUGAGCGUCGGGCUCAUGAGGCGGCUGAACCGGACGCAGUUUGAGAGCUGUGUGCUCUCCCUCAAAUCCACAGGAGGAGAUGCAUUCUUCACGAUCUGCCUGUGGCGGGCAGGCUACGCGCCGACGGACCCCGGCUAUUCAGUGUUCAACCCCGAGGCGCGCAUUUUCGACCCCUUCCAAUGGGAGUGGGGGAACGACAGCGAUGGGGAGGCCAGGAUCAUGCGAGCUCUGGAGGACUCCAAAUCUGGAUCCUGUGACCACCAGUGCCAGCUGCGGCUGGACAUGAUGGUGAGCGCGCAUGUGCGCUCGCGGUGGAAGGGCGUUCCCUACGCCAGCGCCCAGAUCACCAAGCUGACUAAGGCGUACAGGCAAUGGUCCCGCCAGAGGCAGCAGCAGCCGACAGCUGAUUUCUAA